CUCACAGCUUCAAAUCAUUAAAGGAAUAAUUAUUCUGAUGUUGGAACAAAAGCUACAAACAAGAACACAGCUCCUGUACCAAGAAUCAGACAGCAAGGGUAGAUGCACACUGUUGAAAUUACAGAGCAACUGUCCACAAACACCCUGCAGAUGCAUUUUAAAGGAACUCUGGACACUUUUAUGUAAUGACUCUAAUGGCUCUGGAGGAGCUGCUUAAGGUCUAGCUGGAAAAUAAAUAAAUGAAAAAGCAGGAAUGCAAACAUUUAUUUGAAACAAAAGGUGCUAUGAAUCUGUGGGAUGAUUACAGACGAGCAUUAAACUGUUCAAAAAGCAUGAAAUCUCCCUGAUAGGAAAUCCAUUUGAUUUCUUGGUGUAUUUCUCUAGAGUAUGACGUCUUAGCUGAAGGGCCAAUAUUAGGCUCACUUACAGGUUACUCAGGUUAACUUUACUAGAUAAUGUUUACAUGCUUAUUUAUUAUUCUUUUUUUGCAAUACAUUGCUUCAGCAUCUCUUUUGACCUCCAGUCAGAAAUGUUUUGUUUUAGCUCGUCCUCCAUAAGAAACCUUUUCUUUGACUGCUCAGCUGGCCUGGUGUGAAGAAAAGUAAAAGGUUGAGCAGAUUUUACAGAUUUUAUGAGUAUUUGUUUUUUUUAAUUCCAUGGAUCUUGACCUUCACACAUGUACCUUCAGGGAAAUAAAAAGUCAGUUUGAUUUGCACUAAAGCAGAAAAAGUGACACAGCAGCACAUUAACACACAGACGAUGCUUGAUUAUUGGUUGAUGUUAGCAUCAAAGCUGCAGACGUGAUAACGCUAACGGUUUUCCUGUUGUGAAGCUUCUGCCACUAUAAUACACACAAAGCAACACUCUGAGUCUUCAGCUAGAAAAGUGGCUUUAGCAUGGAAACGAAAAUGGAAGAUGGUGAACCAUGAGGCAGCUGACAGCAUCUGUGUUUAGAGGAUGGCCUCAACACAUGUUACAUAGAUAAACAACAGAGGGAAAGCAUGGAAAAGCCAAAAUGGUGGUUCAUCAGCAGUGUUUCCUGUGAGCGAGACGUAAAAAGCUAUACAACAUACAAAGUGAGAGCUGAAGCUCAUGGCGUACCCUGUGCAUUCAAUGGGCGAGUGUACCAGCAUGGUGAGGACUUCCAGCCCGUUUGCCAGCACCAGUGCACCUGCAUGAAUGGUGUGGUGGGCUGCAUGCCCCUCUGUCCCUACCAAGUGCCCCUGCCUCGGUGGCGAUGCUCAAAGCCCCGGCUGGCGCAGCCCGAGGGUGGCUGUUGUGAAGAAUGGGUGUGUGAUGAUGACAACAGCAUCAGCGAGGAGCUGAGUGAGCCAACAGAGAGCCAGCUCCACCCAAACCACAUCAGUCCUUUGCUGCCAGUCCAGCGACAGAAUCCCCUCCCAGCUGCCAGCGGAGCAGAUACAUUCAGAGAGAUCGCAUCGUUCCCCCUCUCUGAGGUCUUACAUGAGCCCCAGUGUUUCCCACAGACCACUGAGUGGACCCAGUGCUCUGCCACAUGUGGGAUGGGCAUUUCAAGUCGUGUGACCAAUCACAACCCAGACUGUCAGCUAGUCAGAGAAACCAGACUGUGCCAGAUCCAGCACUGUGACCUGCAGCUUCCCAUAACUAAGAAGAAAUGUCAGCGAACCUUCCGCCCACACGAGCCAGUCAGCAUCACCUUUGGUGGAUGCUCUACAGCUCAGCGAUAUCGGCCUCGGACCUGUGGCACUUGCACUGACGGCCGCUGCUGCGCCCCGUCUCUCUCUCGCACCGUGCAGCUCCGCUUCCACUGCCCCAGUGGAGACAUCCUCUACAAUGUAAUGUGGAUCCAGCACUGCAGCUGCAGUACGAGCUGUGGUAAACACACCUAUCACUCCAGCACCUCCGUCAACCUCCACAAUGACAUCCACACUUUCAGAGACUGAUGCUGACUUAUCAGCGGACUCUGCACCUCCCCCUCGCUAAACUCACUGCCUCAAUGUCUGUCCGCUGGGUGGGAAAGGAGUCCGCUCGCUUGCACUUUAAGCUUGCUGUCAUGAUGAUGUCACUUUGUCCACGCUACAGGCGGUGCCUCUCCAGCGUCCUAUGCAGUCUCGAGGACGACACAAAACAGUGUGACUGCUAUGCCACAGUGUAGGCCGAGAGCUUUAACUGAAACUUUAAUUUAUUUUCAACUUUGUUUUCUUUUCCACAGAGGGUGACACGACAACUUGUCAAACAUAAAGAAGGCUUUUUAACAGGCAUAUUAACAGGAAGUAAUGGUUAUCAAAGACAUGCAUCUUUGUUCUUCACCACGUUUUAAAAUGCUGAGGAGCAGUGGCAUCGAUUGUUGGUUCACAUGGAUUGUGCUUGAUACAGUCCACCUGUUCCCCGUACAAGUACUGACGGGGAAAUGUGUGAGAUGUGCCUGUUUUACAGCGACAGGCUUUCAGAAAGGAGUUUACAGACUGUGCUUAUUAUGCUACUUUGGUAUAUUGAUUAAAAUCCUACAGGCUAUACAGACUUCACUCUUAGUUGUGGAGUGAGAAUAUUCGAGGAUCACCUCAUUUUUCGAGGUGUGAUACCGUUGUGUUUUUUAACGUGUGUCUAUCACUGUGUACAUAUAAUAAAUACAUGUUUGGUUCUUAAAGCUUCAUAUCUGACACCUGUCACUUGUGUAUUAGAAGUUUAUUGGUUGUAAACUCCUGUAUGUCAAAUAAAAACUUAACCUGUGAUGUGUCUUUAUGGUAAACAAAAGUUUGAGGUGAUGUUAUGCUGGGUGAAGGUUCCACAGCAUAAAAGAAAGCAAUAUCAAUUAAAAUGUUUCUAAUUAUUCCAUUAGUGUUGUGGAAAAUGCAGUGUGUCCAAGUAAGCAAACAUUUCCAAGCUAAGGUUAAAGAUUCGUACACCAAUAGGAUUGUCUUUUAUGCACUAUUGUUCCCACCAUUUGGUUGGUACAUAAUGAUGUAAAAUAAUAACUUCCCUCAAAAUGCAGUAAACCUAAAGUAACGAGUUUUGUAAAUGUAAGAAGUAAAAAGUAAAGAAAGUUAUUUAAAAUGGAGUAAAUGUAAAAAGUUGUCAAAAGAUAAAUAUUCACCAGAUAUCAACAGAUACCUGAAAACUCAACUUAAGUACAGCAACAAAGUAUCUGUGCAUUACUUCCCACCUCACCUCAGGUCCUUACACAAGCUUCUGGUUGACUCUUGGGCACAAACAUUGCAGUGGACUACCACAUUCCUCACCUGGCCUGUGCCUUUUUCUGAGAGGAGAGAGGAACAUGGUGGCUUAUUGGCUGCUAUCAUCAGAACUACUGGUGAGAUCUUGGUCACUCACUCACUCUACAAACAUUGUCUCAGAGUGGCUCUGUAAAACUCGUUUGUUUUUGCUUCUAGACUGGACUACUGUAACGUUAUUUACACCUUCUUCUAAAAGCUUCUUCUGUUGAUCCAAAGUGCAGCAAUGAGUACCGACACAACAACAAAGAGACAACAUAUGGCGCCCAUAUCGACUUCUCUUCACUGGCUCCGUGUUAAAUCCAUAACAGACUUUAAAGUCUUUCUCCUCAUUACAAGGUCUUCAAAAACCAGGCCCCAUCUUUUCUUAAAGACCUCAUACUAUGAGCACAAUAGAGCACUUCAAUAAAUAUUUAAGUAAGGUACAAAUACCUGAAGAUUCUACUUAAAGUAGAAAGUAUCAUAUAGUUAUAGCAUAUAUACCUUGUUACGUCCCACCUCUGCUCAUGUCCUCGUGCAGUGUUGGCUCUUUAGCACAAACAUUACGGUGGACUACUACAUUCCUCACCCCGGCCUGUGCCUCAUUCUGAGGGGAGAGUGGAACACAGUGAUCUAUUGGCUAUCAUUAGAACUACUGGUGAGUUACAUGUUGGCCAACUCUGUAGUCCUGACCAUGAUCAACUGAACUAGAAAAGGUUUUGGUUAUUUUGUCUUAGUUUAAUUGGGCUGCAUGUGCUGCACAUCAAUACUGGGUGUGGGUCUAGUGCAAAUAUGUCCUAAUGGGAAUACCACUGGUCCUACUGCUGUACAUAUUAAAGGCACCAUGCUGGUUUGAAUCAUAUCUAAUAGAUUAAAUCUAUAAAUAUAGAUAUUCAUAAAAAUGGGGAGUCAGGUUCACACAGUCAGGCUAAUUAUGGAGUUCCACAGGGUUCUGUUUUAGCACCAGUUCUGUUUACAUACAUACAUGCUUGCAUUGGGCAGUACAA